AUGGCAGCAGCAGUAUUAAACGUGCCCUGUAUCAUCGUCGACCCCAGAGAGCCGCACACUCACACUGUGGUCUUCCUGCACGGCCGCGGCGACAAUGCGCGCCACUUCGCCGCGUCGCUGGCCGGGUCGCGCGACUCACGGGGCCGCACCCUCGCCGACGCCCUCCCGUCAUUCCGCUGGGUAUUCCCGCAGGCGCCAGACCGCACGCUCGCCAACGCGCCGCCCGGCACCUCUUGGCCGCAGUGGUUCGACGUCUGGAACGUGCGGGAUUUCACCGACCGCGAGGACCUGCAGGCCGUCGGGCUGCGCGAAGCCGUCCCCGCCGUCCACCGCCUGCUCGCCGACGAAGCCGCCCUGCUGGCCGGCCGCUGGGACCGCAUCGUGCUGGCCGGCAUCAGCAUGGGCGGCGCGACCGGCGCACACGUCCUCUUCAAUCUCGACAACGUGUUAGCAACGCCAGGCGUGGUGGUGCAGGGUGAGAGGCGGCUUGCCGCUUUUCUGGGCUUCUCUUCUCGCUGCCCGUUCGCCGGGUGCGACCUUGCAGGGAUGCGGAGCGCCCUCGGCCUGGCGGGCGACGGCGCUGCCCCUGCCCCGGAUCAUGCCAUUCGUAACACGCCCGUCUUGCUGGAGCAUUGUGUCGACGACCCGCUCGUCCUGGUCCAGAACGGCCGGCUACUGCGAGAUACGCUGCGCGGGUUCGGCAUGGGCGUCGAGUGGAAGGAGUACCCUGGCGGCGGGCACUGGUUCAACGCGCCGAGCGGUAUGGACGACGCGGUCUUCUUCUUGAUUAGGCAUGUUCUUGGAGGAGGGGGCAAUGCGGACGGCGCGGAGCCCUCUCUAACAGAGGACCCAGCCCCUAAUGCGAUGGAUUUUGAACGAUAG